AUGUUCUGCGCUGUUGGAUUUGAAUUCGACCCAGCUACUGAGACUUGCGUCAUCAUCGCCGAGGGAGGCUGCACGUUGGGGACAAGACCUCCGACAGCUUCUACUCCUGAAUAUACAACUGUAGACUUUUCUACAACUGGAACGCCUUUUACAGUCACAGAAGAAUCAACAUAUCUUACUACAGAUGGGAUCAGUACAGUGACUAAUGAAUUACCAAAGAUUACUUCUACUCCAGAAGCGGAGACGACUACGCCCUCUAUUUGUCCUCCUGGAUUCUCUGGGAACCUUCCGCAUCCGUAUCUCUGUAAUUCGUACUUUAUGUGUAUCAAUGGCGUCGCGAUACAAGUCUUCUGUGCUGAAGGAUUUGAGUUUGAUCCAAUCACUGAGGCUUGCGUGAUUAUAGCUGAAGGAGGUUGCACAUUAGGAACAAGACCUCCAACAGAUACUACUCCUGGGUAUACAACUACAGAAUCAUCUACCACUACAUCACCAACAGCCACAGACGAAUCUACUUAUAUUACCACUGACGAGCUAACCACAGCUACUGAAGGCACUUCUACUACUGAGCUGCCAACUUCAGUAACAGCAGAGAGUACUUCUACUAUACAGCCUACUACAAUAACUACAGAAGGCACUCCUACUAGUGACUCACCUACGACACUAACUACAGUUGAUACGACAGUAUCAACAGAUGGCACCACAACCACUGAAGUAACCACUGAUAUACCCACUUCAGUUACUACUGAAGAUUCUACGACGUUAACUACAGAAGGUACAAGUACGACUGAGUUAUCUUCCACACCAACAACCCUUGCCCCAUCAACUCCAGAAGUGACAUCUACUACAGAAGCGGAGACGACUACGCCUUCGAUUUGUCCUCCUGGUUUCUUCGGGAACAUUCCGCAUCCGUAUCUCUGUAAUUCAUACUUCAUGUGCGUCAACGGAAUAGCUAUACAACUCUUCUGCGGCGAAGGAUAUGAAUUUGAUCCGGUCAAUGAGAUUUGCGUCGUCAUAGCUGAAGGAGGCUGCACGUUGGGAACAAGGCCGCCAACACAUACUACCCCUGAGUAUACUACUACAGACCAUCCUAACACUGUGCUGCCUACUACAGUUACAGACGGAUCUACGUAUUUGACUACUGAGAGUUCUACUACAGUAACUACAGAUUCUUCUACUGAGGAUGCAGGUACUACUGAAGCUACUACUGAACUGCCUACCUCGGUUACUACAGAAAGUUCUACUACACUAGCUACUGAAGGUACUAGUAAAACUGAACUUCCCACUGCCACCACCACUGAAGAGUCUACCACAGUAACUACCGAGGGAACUUUCACUCCUGAAAUAUCUUCCACACCAACAACCCUUGUCCCCUCAACUCCCGAGAUCACAUCUACUACAGAAGCGGAGACGACCACGCCCUCUAUUUGUCCUCCUGGAUUCUUCGGGAACAUUCCGCAUCCAUAUCUCUGUAAUUCAUACUUCAUGUGCGUCAACGGAAUAGCUAUACAACUCUUCUGCGGCGAAGGAUAUGAAUUUGAUCCGGCCAAUGAGAUUUGCGUCAUCAUAGCUGAAGGAGGAUGCACGUUGGGAACGAGGCCGCCAACACAUACUACCCCUGAGUAUACUACUACAGACCACUCUACCACUGUGCUGCCUACUACAGUUACAGACGGAUCUACAUAUCUGACUACUGACAGUUCUACGACAGUAACUACAGAUUCUUCUACUGAGGAUGCAAGUACUACUGAAGCUACUACUGAACUGCCUACCUCGGUCACUACGGAAAGUUCUACUACACUAGCUACUGAAGAUACUAGUACAACUGAACUUCCCACUGCCAGCACCACUGAAGACUCUACCGCAGCAACUACUGCCGGUUCUACUAUAGUAACUACCGAGGGAACCUUCACUACUGAAAUAUCUUCCACACCAACAACCCUCGUCCCCUCAACUCCAGAGAUCACAUCUACUACAGAAGUGGAGACGACCACGCCCUCUAUUUGUCCUCCUGGAUUCUUCGGGAACCUUCCGCAUCCGACUCUCUGUAAUUCGUACUUUAUGUGUCUUAAUGGCGUCGCGAUACAAGUCUUCUGCGCCGAAGGAUACGAGUUCGAUCCUGCUACCGAGACUUGCGUCAUCAUAGCUGAGGGAGGAUGCACGUUAGGAACCAGGCCGCCAACACAUACUACUCCAGAGUAUACAACUAUCGACUCAUCUACUACUGCAGCGUCUUCCACAGUCACAGAUGAAACCACAUAUCUUACUACAGGCAGAAUUACCACAACAUCUCCUGAAAGUCCUACGACUACUGAUCUGCCAACUUCAGUAACAAUAGAAGAAACAACUACAUUAACUACUUCUGAGGCCACAACAACGGAAUUGCCUACUACUACGCCUCCUGUAACAGUCACAGAUGAAUCUACGUAUCCCACUACAGACGCCACAGACGCUUCUUCUACUACUGAGUUGCCUACUACAAUAACUACUGAGGGAACCAUUACCACUGAAGUAUCUUCCACGUUAACAACAUUCCCCUCAACUCCAGAGAUCACAUCUACUACAGUAGUGGAGACGACUACGCCCUCGAUUUGUCCUCCUGGAUUCUUCGGGAACAUUCCGCAUCCGUAUCUCUGUAAUUCAUACUUCAUGUGCGUCAAUGGAAUAGCUAUACAACUCUUCUGCGGCGAAGGAUAUGAAUUUGAUCCGGUCAAUGAGAUUUGCGUCGUCAUAGCUGAAGGAGGAUGCACGUUGGGAACGAGGCCGCCAACACAUACUACCCCUGAGUAUACUACUACAGAUCAUUCUACCACAGUGCUGCCUACUACAGUUACAGGCGGAUCUACGUAUUUGACUACUGACAGUUCUACUACAGUAACUACAGAUUCUUCUACUGAGGAUGCAGGUACUACUGAAGCUACUACUGAACUGCCUACCUCGGUCACUACGGAAAGUUCUACUACACUAGCUACUGAAGGUACCAGUACAACCGAUCUUCCCACUGCUAGCACCACUGAAGACUCUACCAUACUAACUACCGAAGGAACCUUCACUACUGAAAUAUCUUCCACACCAACAACCCUCGUCCCCUCAACUCCAGAGAUUACAUCUACUACAGAAGUGGAGACGACCACGCCCUCUAUUUGUCCUCCUGGAUUCUUCGGGAACCUUCCGCAUCCGACUCUUUGUAAUUCGUACUUUAUGUGCAUCAAUGGCGUCGCGAUACAAGUCUUCUGCGCUGAAGGAUACGAGUUCGAUCCUGCUACCGAGGUAAUUUCUUUAUUCUUCUAA